AUGGAAGAACAAGCUCAGCAUCUUAUCGACGCUACAACAGCUGCUUUCAAAGCUGGCAAAAUUGCGCAGAAUCCAUUUGGCAAUAAAGGUGCAGCCAUCCCACCACCUUGGGAUCCUUCUGUUAUGGCACCAGGAGGACCCAGACCACCAGUACCAGCACCUGGUGGGCCUCCAGGGAUGUUACCACCCCCAGGAAUGGGUCCCGGUGGACCAAUGGCCCCGCCAAUGAUGAUGGGACCUCAUGGGCCCAUGCCCCCUAUGAUGGGUAUGCGGCCACCUAUGAUGGGACCCUUGAUGGGGCCCAUGGGACCAAUGGGUCCAAUGGGGCAAAUGCGACCACCACUAAUGAAUGGACCACCUAUGAAUAAA